AUGGCAGGUGGUGCCGCCAACUGGGCGCGUGCUCUCACACGUGCUGCUAUCGUGAUCGGUACAGGCGUCGUGCUUCUAAAGACGACCACGCCAAAUGAACAACAGAUGUAUGAUAACCUGUCCCCCGACCUUAAGAGGAGUGUGGAUGCCCAGCGUCACGCACAUGAACGAGCCGCACAGUCCGCCCGCAUCCGUGAACAGCAAUCAGAGCUCGCGGCGCAGCAGGACACGGCCAAGGCCAACUGGCUCAAGUAG